AUGAAAUCUGCAUUGGCUUAUAUGCUUGCCUUGGUAGGCUCAAGUACCAAGCUGGAAGAACCGAUCGGAACCUCAGGACUUCUCCUUAACGAUGAAUAUGUCAGUCUGGUUGCCAACCACUCCGCGUCAUUUCACCCGAACUUCAGCAAAAACACCAUUCAAGGCGUACGAGCCAAUGCGGCACUGGUCACACCCGACGUUGAUAGUUUCUUCAGUGGGCUCUCUGGCCUUGGAAGAGUUCAAUUUGCCCAGGCGUUGGCUCCUCCUCCAGGAGGACUCAGAGCUCAGUUUCUCGAUCGGCUCAUCAUUGUGGAGGGAAACACUGCCGCAAUUCUAAGCGCCAGUAGAAUUACUACAAACACAUCACAACUUCUUAUUCAGACCACGCUGGCGGAAACUAUGAUUUUCGAUAAAGAUGCCCUCUUGAGCCGAAUUGUCAGUAUAGGCGAAUCCGGACUCGCAGCAGCGCAACAGACUGGCGCGGCUAAAUUACCGUCCGUUGAACCGAUUGCACUGAAUCCCAUCGCGAAUAAAUCUGCUGGGUAUACUUUCAAGAUUAAAGAGAAGGCUGCGCAGUUCAACAUCAACUUCAAUAACCAAAAUUCAUCGGCUAACGGCCUUCUUGCCACCGAGGACGUCACUGUUGUCUCUGAUGGCCGCAACUCGACUGGUCGUGCAGCUCUUGUGAACUUGUUCACUCGUUACAACACUUCCAUCCCCGAUCUCGUUCAGCAUGAUGAGUUCGUCCUCGGCCAAGGCAACUGGGCAGCUACCGAAUACAUCUUCCAAGGAACGCGCAAUAGCACUUUUACUAUGCUUAACGGCACGGAAGUAAAGCCUAAUGGCGUACAGUACCGCGUCCGAGGCAUGCGCUUUAUGAGAUUCAACGACGCUGGUUUGGUUGACCUGUUCUGGCAGGCAGCCGAUAAUGACGCCUUUGUCAACCCGGCAUAUUUGGCGAGUCCAAUUUUUGCCUAG